GGACUACUUUUUGGUUCAUUUGCAAAUACUUGGAAUUUUGUUAACUGUUGGUGUUACAGCGUUGGGAGAAUAUUACAGUAGGUGGCAGUAGUGCUCCGUCACUUCUUCCGUGAACCGUCGGACAAAACCAAGGAGGAAGAAACACUGGCAGUUGACUGAAGUGUGGAGAAGUCGCAGACUCGUAUUCACAGGGUAAAGAUGCAGACACCAGCGGACUCCAUCAUCCACAGUGGCUAUUUCCACCCAACACUCCGAUACUGGCAGACCUGCGCUGCUGAUUUAAGACCUGACAAUCUCAUCUACCCCAUCUUCAUCACAGACAGUGCAGAUGCAGUGGAGCCCAUUGGCAGCCUGCCGGGACAGGCCAGAUACGGGGUGAACAAGCUGGAAGGAAUGUUGCGGCCGCUUGUGGAGAACGGCUUGAAAUGUGUGCUGAUUUUUGGUGUCCCUGCAAAUAUAGAAAAGGACGACAGGGGCUCAGGUGCCGACGCGGACGACACGCCAGCUGUGCUGGCAGUGAAGAAGAUCAGGUCUUUGUUCCCGGAGCUGCUGGUGGCGUGCGAUGUCUGCUUGUGUCCCUACACAUCACAUGGACACUGCGGUAUCCUGAACGAUGACGGUACUCUGAACAAUGACGCCAGCUGUCUGCGCCUGGCAGAAGUUGCGCUGGCCUACGCUCGAGCUGGCUGUCACAUCAUCGCUCCCUCUGAUAUGAUGGACGGAAGAGUCAGAGCCAUAAAACAUGCCCUGAUAUCCAAUGGUUUGGGAAACAAGGCUUCAGUGCUGAGCUACAGUGCAAAGUUUGCCUCUUGUUAUUAUGGUCCCUUCAGAGAUGCUGCACAGUCCAAACCUGCAUUUGGAGACAGACGCUGCUACCAGCUGCCUCCUGGAGCCAGAGGACUCGCCCUGCGAGCUGUGGAGCGAGACGUGAGAGAAGGGGCUGAUAUGCUGAUGGUGAAGCCAGGUCUGCCGUAUCUGGAUAUUGUGAGAGAAGUCAAGGACAAGUUCCCCACUCACCCCCUGGCGGUGUACAACGUGUCGGGGGAGUUUGCCAUGAUAUGGCACGGAGCGCAGGCCGGAGCGUUCGACCUGCGGACCGCUGUGAUGGAGGCCAUGACCGCCUUCCGCAGGGCAGGUGCUGACAUCAUCAUCACCUAUUACACACCUCAGCUGCUCGGCUGGCUGAAGGAGUAAAGAACGAAGAGGCCAAAGGCUGGAUGGACCUACAGACGGACCUACAGACGGACCUACAGACGGACCUACAGACGGACCUACAGACGGACCUACAGACGGACUCCUUUCAAACUGUUGAGUCAAACAAAGUGUGCUAAGGGAAAUACAAUGUAUGAAAUCAGGCAACCUGUUUAUCUUCAAGCCUUUCUUAUACGCCUUCAAAAAAUCAAAUAUCAGUAUGCACAUGUUUAUCUUUGCAUCAGGUUGAUUUGCAGCUGUGAUUAUUUUUAGACAGUAUGCAGUUUAUAUUUCUGUUGGAGCUUUUCAAGGGCUGAACACUAAGAAUGUAAAAGCUGACAAUCCUGUUGGUGUUUCCUAGCAGGAACUGUCUCCUGUAUGUCUCUUGGGUCAGCAUUAAAUGAAGUCAGUCAUCUUUCUUAACCAAUGUGAUUAUGGAUGUAUAUUUGUAAGACUCGUGGGAACACAAUUAUCUUAUUAUGUUUGUUACAGCAACCUCAGCUUAAGCCCUGUCGUCCCCUAACAAGCUCUUACUGAGCAGAGGGAAUAAAAUCAUUUAUUCAGAGCUACAA